AUGUUGGGGACCCUAGGGUUUUGGAUGCUUCUUCCUGCAGCUGUGCAGGCCCCACCAGGUCACCGGACUUGUGUUUUCUUUGAGGGUCCUGGGGUACAGGGCAGCACAAAGGCUCUGGGGGAGCUACUAGAUGCAGGGCCAGGGCCCCCCAGGGGUAUCCGCUGCCUCUACAGCCACUGUUGCUUUGGAAUAUGGAACCUGACUCAGGAUGGGGCUCAGCUGGAGAUGCAGGGUUGCCGAGACAGUGAUGAGCCAGGUUGUGAAUCCCCCCGAUGUGAGCCAACCCGCCGUGCCCACCCGAGCCCUGGCUCCACUCUCUUCACCUGCUCCUGUGGCAUUGAUUUCUGCAAUGCUAAUUACAGCUACCUGCCACCCCCAGGGAUCUCAAGGACCCCCAACUCUCAAGGUCCCCAAUCUCCACCUGGGGACUCCUUUCUGGUGGUGGUGUCUCUGCUGGGGCUGUUUCUCCUUCUUAUGCUGGGCAGCAGCAUCUUGGCCCUUCGACAGUGGAAGGCAUUUAGGGCCUCGGGGGGCCAGGAGCUAGAACCUGAGCCAGGCAGCGGUUGGAGCCAGGAGUUGCCGGAGCUGCAGGAGUUAUGCUUCUCCCAGAUCCUACAAGAGGGAGGCCACACGGUGGUAUGGGCAGGACACCUACAAGGGGAGCCAGUGGCCAUCAAGGCCUUCCCUCCUUGGGCAGCACCCCAAUUUCAGGCAGAAAGGGCUCUCUACGAGCUAUCCAGCCUGCAGCAUGACAACAUAGUACGAUUUAUUGCCGCUGGCAGAGGGGGGCCCGGCCCCCAGCCCCCUGGUCCCCUGUUGGUUCUUCAGUUCUACCCCAAGGGUUCCCUACGCCACUACCUGGCCCAGCAUACCUGUGACUGGCGCCACUCUAUAAAGCUUGCGCUCUCUCUGACUAGCGGCCUGGCCUUCCUUCACGAGGAAUCCUGGAAGGAUGGUCAAUAUAAACCAGGCAUUGCCCAUAGGGACCUGAGUAGCCACAAUGUGCUUGUCCGGGAUGAUGGUUCUUGUGCCAUUGGAGACCUGGGCCUCGCCUUGGCUCUUCCUGGUCUCACUCAGCCACCUACCUGGCUCCCCACUCAACCCCGGGGCCCAGCCACCAUCAUGGAGGCUGGAACUCAGCGGUACAUGGCCCCUGAGAUCCUGGACAAGACUCUGGACCUUCAGGACUGGGGAAUGGCCCUUCGGCGGGCUGAUAUCUACUCUCUUUCACUGCUCUUGUGGGAGACGCUAAGUCGAUGCCCUGACCUAUGGCCUGACCACAGGCCCCCACCAUUCCAGCUAGCCUACGAGGCAGAGCUGGGAAGCAGCCCCACCACCUGCGAGCUCUGGGCCCUGGCGGUGGCAGAAGGAAGGCGGCCCCACAUUCCCCCAAGCUGGUACCGUACCACCAUGGAGCCUGGUGGGUUGCCUGAGCUGCUGGAGGAUUGCUGGGACUCGGAUCCUGAAGCUCGACUUACAGCUGAAUGUGUACAGCAUAGAUUAGUGAGGCUGAGACACUCCCCCGAGUACCCCGACUCUGGAGAGGCCUCUUCCAAUGUCCUUCCUUCCUUCUGCCCCCAAGCUUGUCCUGCAAACCCUGGGGUAGCAGCCCCGCUCCUCCGGCAAGGGACCCCUUUAGACCCUAGCUGA